AUGUCCAAGAACGCGCAAUCUAAGAUUAUUUCUAGAGGUCCAUUGGACCCCUCAGAAGCCAAAUGGGCCCGACUGGUCAAAACUACCUACUCCGACCCUAACGGCGUCGAGCGCACCUGGGAAUCUUCCGAAAGAACGACUCGCCCGGAGACCUGUGAGAUUGAUGGCGUUGGGAUCGUGACCAUCCUCAACAAGGAGACCGGUCCAGAGCUGCUCCUGCAGAAGCAAUACCGGCCUCCGAUCGACAAAGUCGUCAUUGAGGUUCCAGCCGGAUUGAUCGAUGCAGGUGAGACGGUGGAGGAGUGCGCCGUCCGGGAACUCAAGGAAGAGACUGGGUAUGUGGGUGUGGCGGAGCAAACAAGUAGUGUCAUGUUCAAUGAUCCUGGGUUCUGCAAUACUAACCUGAACAUGGUCCAUGUCCGGGUGGAUAUGUCCUUGCCUGAGAAUCAGAACCCCAAGCCGGAGCUGGAGGAUAAUGAGUUCAUCGAGUGCUUCACAGUGCCCUUGUCGACGCUCUUUGACGAGCUGAAGAGGCUCGAGCGCGAGGGUUAUGCUAUUGAUGCCCGCGUGGGCACGAUAGCGGAGGGGAUCGAACUUGCGAAGAGGUUUAAGCUUUAA